UUUUGGCUAUAAUACGCAAGUGCCUGUGUUUACUUCUACUUUGGCUCUUCAUGAUCUCUAAAGUCUCUUUAGACAGAGAGAGAAAGAGAAAGGGAGCGGUUUCCAAGGAGAUCCCAGGCUUCGGUUGGACCCGAAUCUUCGGUUAUCUAUCUCGCUUGGAUCUCUAUUUCGGGUUCUGGGUACUCCAUUUUGGUACUCUUCCUCUAUAGAAGCUCGCCAGAGUGGAAGAAUAUAGCUCCUUGGUACAACAUUCCCAGCUGAAGGUACUGGUAGCUGCCUAGCUUUGGGUAAUAGCUAGCUUGGUUCUCGUUUAUUCAAUCCAUAACUUGUUUCAAGUGUUGGGUAUUUUCUUUUUUGUUUUUUCUUUUUCAAACAGUGAUUCAGUUCUGGAGAAGAAGAAGUAGAAAACCCAUUUACCAUUUUUUGUAUUCUUGUUGAUUUGUUAUAUGGGUGGUUAAAAGUUGCAAACUUUUGAGCUUUAAAUCAUAUGGGUAUGGAAUCUGAUUCUAAGAAAACAAAGGACUCGUUCAACUCGGGCGACUCAACCCGGUCAUUGCCAUUCCCGGAUGAGGUGCUGGAGCGGGUCCUGUCUCUGUUGAAAACGAGUAAGGACCGGAGCUCUGUCUCGCUGGUGUGCAAAGACUGGUACAACGCCGAGCGGUGGUCAAGAUGCCAUGUGUUCAUUGGAAACUGCUACUCCGUGUCGCCCGAAAUCGUGACUCGCCGUUUUCCGAAUAUACGUAGCGUCACACUCAAAGGGAAGCCGCGUUUCUCAGACUUCAACCUGGUGCCGGAUAACUGGGGUGCGGAUAUUCAGGCCUGGCUCGUGGUUUUUGCGGCCAAGUAUCCUUUUCUUGAGGAGCUCAGGCUUAAGAGAAUGACUGUAACUGAUGAGAGCUUGGAGUUCUUGGCUCUCUCGUUUCCCAACUUCAAGGCUCUUUCGCUUUUCAGCUGUGAUGGGUUCAGUACUAGUGGUCUUGCUGCCAUUGCCACUCAUUGCAAGAACUUGACUGAGCUCGACAUACAGGAGAAUGGCAUUGAUGACAGAAAUGGAAGUUGGCUGAGCUGUUUUCCAGAAAACUUCACAUCAUUGGAAGUGCUAAAUUUUGCUAACUUGACUAGUGAUGUUAAUUUUGAUGCACUUGAAAGGCUUGUAAGUAGGUGCAAAUCAAUGAAGGUUUUGAAGGUUAACAAGAGUAUUUGUUUGGAACAACUACAAAGGCUGCUUGUUUUUGCUCCUCACUUAGUGGAGCUUGGUACUGGUUCAUUCUCACAAGAGCUCACAAUACACCAGUAUGCAGAUCUUGAAAGUGCCUUCAGUAAUUUCAAGAAUAUGCAUACACUUUCUGGUCUAUGGGAAGCUACUGCAAUAUAUCUUCCAGUUCUUUACCCUGCCUGUGCAAAUUUGACAUUUUUGAACUUGAGCUAUGCUGCAUUGCAGAGUGAUGAACUUGCCAAUCUUCUCUCUCACUGUCCGUAUCUUCAGCGCCUUUGGGUACUAGACACAGUAGAAGAUAAAGGGCUGGAGGCUGUCGGAGCCUACUGUCCUUUGCUCGAGGAACUCCGUGUAUUCCCAGCUGACCCCUUUGGUGAAGAAAUAAUCAAUGGUGUAACAGAAGCAGGGUUUGUUACUGUGUCUUAUGGCUGCCCAAGACUCCACUACGUCCUCUAUUUUUGCCGCCAGAUGACUAAUGCUGCUGUUGCUACCAUUGUGCAGAACUGCCCUGAUUUUACUCAUUUCCGUCUAUGCAUAAUGAACCCAGGUCAACCAGAUUACACAACAAAUGAACCUAUGGAUGAGGCAUUUGGUGCUGUGGUUAAGACCUGUACUAAACUUCAGAGGCUUUCAGUCUCAGGUCUCUUAACUGAUCUGACAUUUGAGUAUAUUGGGAAGUACGCGAAAAACUUGGAAACCCUUUCAGUUGCAUUUGCUGGCAGCAGUGAUUGGGGAAUGCAAUGUGUGCUAGAAGGUUGCCCAAAAUUAAGGAAACUGGAGAUCAGGGAUUGUCCCUUUGGAAAUGCAGCAUUACUCUCUGGUGUGGAGAAGUAUGAGUCUAUGAGGUUCCUUUGGAUGUCAGCAUGUAAUUUAACUGUGAAUGGCUGUAGAAACCUGGCAAGGAAGAUGCCCAGGCUAAAUGUUGAGGUAAUAAAGGAUAAUGGGAGUGAUGAUCAGGCGGAAAAAGUGUAUGUAUAUCGCUCUGUUGCAGGUCCAAGGAGAGAUGCUCCACCCUCAGUGCUCACUCUCUGAAGUUUGAUAAUGCUAGGUGAUCUCUCUAUCUCUCUCUCUCUCUCUCUCUGUCCAAUGGAUACAGCAAUAGAUACGGCUCCUAAUCUAGUGAGAAUCCAAACGCACAAGAAGCAAUAAUGGUUCUUUAUCUUGAUUCUUAUGCAAGUUGUUUUCCUGGUUUAUUUGAACUUUGGGAUUGGAGAAGGUUGUUUCUCUGGUUUCGGAUGGACUGAGGAGGAUUAGUCCUGGACUACUGUCGACCGAGACCUACCAUUUUCUGUUAGAAAGUCUUAAUUGACCAUGGACGAUGCUGAAGCUUUUUCUCCU